CCAUAAAAAGUACACGGUUAACAAUGACAACAAAAAUAUUAUCAUCAAAGGCAGCCGCAACUAAAAUGACAAAAACUUUAAAAUUAUUAAAAAUGCAACAAUUUAUGUUUUUAAUGAUUUUAAUGGUCAUUGUUAAUGCUGCUAUGGUAUCAGCUAAAAUGUCCGAGGAGGAAGCUUUGGAAAAGGAACUAUUGGAAUUUCGUAAAAAGUGCAUGGGUUUAUCUAAACUUACUAAAGAACAAGCCAAAAAAAUAAACCAGCAUACACUCUUCUCCAAAGACACCACUCUGGCCAAUACACCCAGAGAGGUCCAGUGUUAUUGUUCCUGCAUUUUGGAGCAAUAUGGUAUUUUAGUUAAUGGUAAACCCAAUGAGAAAACUUUACGCCAAACCUUGCCCGUUGUGAUAAAUGAUAAAAAGAAGGCUGAUGCUGCUUUGGACAAAUGCACGAAAUUGGAGGGCAAGGAUAAGUGUGAAAUUGGAUUUAAUUUUCAAUUGUGUGUGGUUAGGGAGACUGGUUUACAAGUUUUCCAAUAACAUCAAAAUUUCUAUGAA